GUGUAUAUAAGCAGCCAAAGAAGCAUUUGCUUGUUCCCCUGCAGCCAUGGAGAAACUGAAGAUUCUGAUCGCUGUUGUCUUGUCCCUGGGAACGGCCUCAGCAGCCACUCUGGGCGUGGUACAAACAGAAGGGGGCAGUGUCCAGGGACGAAACAUCCCCCUCGGUCUUUUCCGCUCUGUGGACGUUUUCAAAGGAAUUCCCUUCGCUGCCCAACCUGGUGUAUUUGAGAAACCAAAACCUCACCCUGGCUGGGAUGGCAUACUGAAGGCAACAAAGUUUGCUCAGAGAUGUCUUCAGAUCAGCAUGCUCCAGACCUCCAGCUUUGGUGGUGAGGACUGCCUCUACCUCAACAUCUGGGUUCCCCAGGGUCAACAAGUGUCAUCAGAUCUCCCGGUCAUGAUUUGGUUCUAUGGCGGAGGCUUCAUGGUCGGUGGUUCCAUGGGGGCAAAUUUCCUCAACAACUAUCUGUACAGCGGUCAGGAGAUCGCAGACAAGGGCAAAGUUAUUGUUGUGUCAGUGGGAUACCGUGUGGGUGUACUGGGCUUCCUCAGCACAGGAGAUUCCAGCCUACCAGGAAACUAUGGUCUGUGGGACCAGCAUGCUGCCAUCGCCUGGGUGCACAGGAACAUCCGUUCAUUUGGAGGAGACCCUGACAACAUCACCCUCUUCGGAGAGUCUGCAGGCGGAGCUAGUGUCAGCUACCAGACUCUGUCCCCCCAUAACAAAGGGCUGAUCAAGAGAGCCAUCUCCCAGAGCGGUGUUGCCUUCUGCCCCUGGGCCAUGAGCAGCAAGCCACGCACAGUUUCAGAGCAGGUUGCUGUGAAGGUCGGCUGCCCCACUGACGACAGGAUGGUGGCCUGUCUGAAAUCAACUGAUGUUAAGACUCUCGUCAUGGCUGCUCCCAGGGUGGAACAAGGCUCCCCAGACCAUCCUGGAGUGAAAAACCUUCUUCUGUCUCCUGUGGUUGAUGGAGACUUCCUCCCUGAUCAGCCCAGCAACCUGUUCCACAACGCUGCUGACAUUGACUACCUCGCAGGGGUUAACAGCAUGGACGGACACCUCUUCACCUCACAGGACAUUCCCUCCCUUGGUAACAAGAAUGAGGAGACUCCUGUAGAAGAUUUGAAGAGGCUCAUUGCCGCUUAUACCAAAGAGAUGGGGCAGGCUGGUUUGGAGGUUGCCUUUGCUGAAUACUCGUCCAACUGGGAAUCAACACCGAGCCAGUGCAGCGUUAAGAGAACUGCUGUGGACGUUGGGACUGACUACCUCUUCCUGGUUCCUACACAGACUGCCAUCUACCUGCAUGCUGCUAACGCCAGGUCUGGCCGUACCUACUCUUACCUGUUGUCUGAGCCCAGUCUGAUGGCUGGACCAGGCAAGCCCUACAAUGACUGGGUGGAGUCUGACCACGCUGACGACCUGCAGUUCGUGUUUGGGAAACCCUUCACCACACCGAAGGCUUAUGGGGACAGACACAGAGACCUGUCUGGAUAUAUGAUUGCUUACUGGACUAACUUUGCCAGAACUGGGGACCCCAACACAGGAAUCCUGAGGGUGCCUGCGACUUGGCCUGAAUAUGCCAUCACUGGUCAACAGUUCCUGGAUAUUAAUGCUAAGAUGGAUGGGAGCUCCAUCGGGCAGGAAAUGAGGCUGCGUUUUGUUCGGCUUUGGACCAGCACCCUUCCCAGCCUCCAAUCACAUCAUGUCACUGAAGCUUAACGAUGCAUUUUUUUGUCUAAAUAAAGACACCAAUUACAAAAAUA